AUGACUCAAGGCAUCACGAGGCGGCGUCACGCUAUGCCUCCCAAAGGUUUUUACUACGCCAAACCCUUGAAACUAUUGCUGCAAAGACCGGACUCAAGGCUAGGCUGUCGCAGCUCUUCUUCUCUUCGGAGAUGUUCCGGGGAUGGCGACGCAGGUGUUGAUAGCCCAUACGGGCCAGCGUCUGCAGGUGGACACGACACAGUUUUCUGCGUAUGUCAGGUUUUGCCUCCUUGUGAGACCGAGAGAAAGCAGGCUGACAGCUUCAUUCGCAGGCUCGAUGACCUCAAAGCCUGGAUCGCAAGGCAUACGUCGAUUCCGGCGCACCAGGUUGUUGCUUUGACUGCCCAAGGUCGGAGUGUCAAGCUGCAGACUCUUCACCAGGAGACCGAGAUCUACAUCUACGAUAUUCGAAUAUCGCAACCAAACUCCCCCAACGUCGCCUCGUCUCCAAAGUCCGAGCUCCCCCUUCCUAAGCGAUAUGCUGUUCCGAACGCCCCCAACUACAUAGGCAAUAUUCGUGUUCUAUCAGAAUGGCAGGCUCUCUACAAGGAGCGCCAGGCAUGGGCCCGUGGCAUCGUCGAUGACUCGGCACGUAUGACGGCCGAGAUUCAGGAGCGGUAUAGCGAAAUGGACGUCAUGGUCAAAUGCCUCGAUGCAGCCGUGGCCAAUCUGGAGAUCAGUGUGAAACAGAUUGAACCCAAGUACGCCGAGCUCAAGAAAUGGGUAGAACCUGCGCUGGGCGAGUACGAGCAGCUUGCCGAGAACUGGGAGCACUACCUCACCGUGGCGCGCAGUGUGCCCAUCUCUGCUGCCAUGGUGCGUUUCAUGACCUCCAGGGACCUCAAGAAGAAGACGACGACGCUGGAAGACCUGAUCGAGAUCGACACUGCGAAGAAGUCUGGACGGUUGGCGCCGACAUCCUUGAAAAAGUUCACCACCAAGGCGACGGAUCUGGAGAAGGCCGCGAAAAUGAUGUAUGGCGGACUUGAGCAGCUGAUAGGGGACUUUGACAGCCUUGUUGGUCGUUCGGCGCUGUCGCAUAGUGGCGAGGUGCAGCAGUUGCUCCAGGAUGUCGAAGCCGUGGCCAAGAAGAUAGAGACUGAUUACCACGUCGUCUUGGAGUACCAGGAUACGCAGCCCAACGUCCUUCAGGCCUCGCGGACGGCGGAGAACCACACGUCACGCCUCAUUCCAAGCUUGAAGAAACGCUCCGCGGAGAUGGAUGAUAUGCUGCUCUAUGUCACGCAGGCACGGAACGCCAUAUCGGCCGAUUCAAUUAGUUUUAUGCGCAACAUCACCGAGAUCACCACAUUACACAGCAGCGUUAAAAAUCAGAUUAAUGUCUUGAACCAAGCCGAGGACGACAUGACGACCUUUGACUAUUUGCGUCUCAUUCACCAGCUCCCGUACAUGUACGCCUCUUUCGUCUCCGAAGCCGUUCGGCGCCGGGAGUGGUCCGACAAGAUCAAGACGGAUUCGUCGACACUGGCCAACGAGAUGGCACUGUUCCAGGACGAGGAGUCAAAGAGACGGAGGAAGUGGCACAAGAUGGUCGGCAGCAUGUACGGAUCAGACAAGACUGAGGCAAACGUACUUGGGCUCGAGGUCAACUUGCUCGGCGAAGAGGAGACAUGGCCCAGCAUGGUCAAGCGGGACCUGGAAGAAUUCCUGGAGCACCUCCAGAAGCAACAAGCCGAAGUGGAUAUCAUUGAGGAUGUGAUGAAGCUUGUGAAUGAGUUGAGCAGCCCUACGAAGCAGCAGUCGAAGAGGUUGAAGGCCUUCAAGAAUGGAAGUGUCCAUGAAGCCGCCCUUGGACGAAGUGGCUUGAUGAUCCGUGGCGAUGAUGAAUUGCUGCGCAGCCUCCAAGACGACAAGUCGAAGCUCGAGAACAAGUUGAAAACGGCGGAGAGCCGUGUACGAAGAUUGGAAGACUUGCUUCACAGACAAAGCGCAGCUUCUCGACCUGGUAUUGGGGGCUUGUUCGGACACGAGAGGAAUGAUUCGACCAACUCCGUCAGGUCGACAGCCACAGUUGAUGACCAUCGACGCUCCACAGGAAACUCAGAAGCGCUUUUGCAGAGGAUACAACAGCUCGAAGGUGAACUGAAUGCUCGUCGGGCAUCUGAUCAAUCAGAGGCUUUGGCGAAGCGAGUGCAGCAAUUAGAGAGCGAACUGGAUCAGCGUCAAUCAUCCAACGAUAAUGAGGUCCAGCAAAGGAUACAGCACCUUGAAAGCGAGCUCAAUGCCGAGAAAGAGAAAUCGGCGGCGUUCGAAAAGGACCUCAGCGUCCGGGCUACAGCGCACGACGACGUCAAGGACCGAAUGGAAGAGGCCAACUCCACUAAGAAGGAGCUUCUCGAGAACAUGGAGGCCCUGCAGCGGGAAUUUGUCGAAGAGCGCAAGUCCCUGGAGAACGAGAUCAAGGGACUCAAGGCCCGUAUCGAAGACACCGAAGAUGAGAUUGAGAAUUUUGGCGAGUCGAGAGAAAACGAAAAGGCUACCUACAUUGAGCGAAUGCACGAGCUAGAGGCUGAGGUCGAAAGGCUACAGAAGGAACAGAAGGAUGAGGCCCUCAAGACUCAGGGCCAAGUCGACUUCCUACGCAACGAGGCACGACUCCAAAGGGAACAAAAUGAGUCUCUUGACAAGCAGCUGCAGACCGCCAACGACGAGGCCAAAAAGCUUGCCAAGGUACUGGGCACUACGCAAGAGAUGGCUGAGACACAAAUAAAGGCGCUCCGCGAUGUUCACGACCAGCUGUCGCCGAACGAUGACACUACCGAGGACCUCAACGAUCUCAUCGACGCACUCAUCUACCGGGCUACUGAUGUUACCGCUAAUAUGAAGACCCUCGAGAGCGACCGAUCAAUUCUCAAGGCCGAUCUGGAACAAGCUGACGAGCAGAUCAAGAACCUAAAGGCCACAAUCUCUGAAACGAAGAACAAACUUACUUCCGAAGAAGACAAGUCCCGGCACCUGAAGGAAAAUCUGGAGGGAGAGAAGGCUCGUGUGACUGCUCUUGAAAAGGAGGCCGCCGAGGGCCGAGAGCAGCUUGAUCAGCUUCGUGCCAAGAUUGCCGAUGGCGAGACGGGCUCGGAGAGCCUGAGGAAGAAGCUCGACGAGGAAGAAGGACGAAUCAGUUCUAUCGCCGAGGAGCUUGCCUCCAGACAAUCCCAAGUCGGCAGCCUCGAGGAAGAGUUGCGACUCUACAAGGAGAAGAUGGAGAAGUCUCAGUCUAAGCUCUCAGCUGUGCUUGGUCACUUUGAGUCUAGAUCUGAGAAGACUAAGGAUUUGACACAGCGUCUUUACUCUCAGAACGACAGAUUGUGCCGGCUGUUGGAGCGACUGGGCUUCUCAGUCACUCGGCAGGACGCGACCAUGACAAUCCAAAAGGUUCCUAGGUCCGAGAGGGGCACCAUGAGCCAAUACCACGCCGCAAACGACUCGUCUGAUCCUAGUCAGUCCACGAUUCGCCGCUCCGGCAUGCUCACCAGUCGCACUCUGGCCGAUAGCACCGACCUUGAGUUGCUGUACUGGAUGAAUAGCAAUGAUGCCGACGCAGAGACCGAGAAAUACGAGGCUUUCAUGACACGGCUGGGCACGUUCGACAUGGAUUUGUUUGCUGAGACGGUCUACAAGCGUGUCAAGGAUGUUGAGCACCUUGCCCGGAAACUCCAGCGAGACGCGCGCGCGUACAGAGAGAAGGCGCACACCCUUCAGCGGGACUCGCACGAGAAGAUUGCCUUCAAGCACUUCAAAGAAGGCGACCUCGCUUUGUUUCUGCCCACCCGAAACCAGACGGCUGGCGCAUGGGCUGCUUUCAAUGUUGGCUUUCCUCACUACUUUCUGCGGGAGACAGAUGCCCAUCGUCUGCGAUCUCGCGAGUGGCUCGUGGCUCGCAUCACAAGGGUACAGGAGCGCGUCGUGGAUCUUUCAAAAAGCAUGCAUAAGCAACUCCCCGAUACCGACUCGGUUAAUGGCGAAGAGGACGAUAACCCCUUCCAGCUUUCCGAUGGUCUGCGGUGGUACCUGAUUGAUGCACACGAGGACAAGCCCGGCGCGCCCGCAACGCCUGGGCUGGGCAAGUCUACCAUCGCAACGAACAAUGUCGAGGCUAUGGCGGACAUGCACACACACGCGCAGACAAAUGGCAAGGACAAGCAGCGCGCCAACACCCAUAGCAUCGAAGGCGUUAGCAAGGCGCUUAGCAAGAGCCUAGAGAGCCGUCGGAGCAGUUCCAACUCGAAACGGGCUCUCCCCUUUGCUGUAGGUGGCGGCGGUGCGGCACUCCUCAAGGGUAACGCUUUGGGUAGCGAGACAAAUUCUCUUCGCGCAGUCGCUCCGGAUACGCCGACCGAGACGAACCACCCUGAAGAAGGACAAGUGGGACCGUCGACGAAUGGACACGAGCAGUCGGGACAGGCAGGGCAGGCAUCGAGCCCGCUUGCGGAAGAGAGUCAGGCCGAUAGACCCAGGUCGCCCGAGAAAGCUCGAUCGCCCUUGAGGCUGCAGCGUCAGAGGAGCGGGGUCAGCGUCGAGAGUCCGACGAAGAAGAGCGUGGUUUGGGAUUCGCUUUGGAGCGUUGACCUGAGCUAUGAGACUGGUGGUGGCGGCGGAGGCGCGAAGAGGAAGUGGGAGGGCCCGGAACGCCGGUAG